AUGGACAUUGAAGGAGUUGGAAUCAUAGAAAGCAUAGGUGAAGAGGUGAGAAGCCUUAAAGAAGGAGAUGCAGUGAUGUCCCAUUUCAUAGGAGAAUGCCCAAACUGCAUUUCUGAGAAGUCAAAUUUAUGCUUCAAAUACCCACUCAGCUUCACCACUGGCUAUGGCGCGGCUCUGAAAUUGGCCGACAUUGACCAUAACUCAACUGUUGCUGUGCUGGGUCUCGGCGGUGUUGGACUUGGCGUGGUAGAGGGAGCAAGAGAACGAGGAGCGGCGAAAAUAAUUGGAAUUAACAUUCACGAUAAGAAAGAAGAAAAGGGAAAGAUUUUUGGUGUGACAGAUUUCAUAAAUGCAAAGAAUUCUGAAGAUAAAAGCAUUUCAAAAAUGGUGAAAGAAGCUACGGGAGGAUUGGGCGUUAAUUACUUUUUUGAAUGCACCGACGUCCCCGACUUGAUGAUCAACCAAGAAAGGGAUUUGGGACAGUGAUUCUGCUUGGAGCAGGACUACAAAUUGAUUGGCAAAUGAAUUACGUUCCCUUA